AAGGACCAGCUGAAGAAAAAAGAGUAGAACGACCUGAAAACAAAUCUUGCAUGCUCUCUUGUUCGAUCCUUAAAAAGCGGUGAAUUAAUAAGUACCAGAUUCUUUUGUGUCUAGUUGAAAGAUAUGCUGGAACAUUGAUUCCCGGAGUUUUGGCUCGACAAGAUUCUACAUUUGCUUUCAACAUCUGUAAGUAACGAUCCCCGGCCGCGUAAGUACUAGAGCUUUUCUCGGCGGGCGAGGACUGUACAGAUACAGAAGAUCACAAAUACCCUUUGCUGCAUUUCGAAAACGCUUUGAAGUUUCUUGGCCUUUUUCUCUUCCCGAAGAUCGAAGAAGAAAUUUUUUUUGCCCCAAGUUGCCGUGAACUGCCGUUCUAGCGCUACCACCGCUACUUGCUGUUUUUGCAAGGAGAACAAGAGUAUAGAAAUUUAUCGCUUGAAUCUGGAAGUAAGUAUUUCGUUAGUCGUAAGUGAAAGCGGACUCUCACUUUCCCACGCGUAUUUCUAGGGAGAAAAAGAGGAGCUGGGACAACUCGGUUGUCCUAGAUAAAAAACAAAAGGAUAAAAGAAACGAACGCAUCUUGAAAGUUCACCUUGAAACGCAUCCGAGCACGACAAGUUCAUCUUGAAAGGCACUAGCUGUUGCACUUACUACAAGUAAGUAGUUGUGAAGACAACACGACGACUAUGUUGCGCGUUGUGGUCCUAAGUUCCAGUGUUGCCGUUGCCGGCGUAUCGGCACAGUCAGGGGGCGGAUUGUUUGACAACUUACGGGCAGCCUUGGGAGGGAGUGCAGCCAGCCCCACUAUGGACGCAAGUAGAAUUCUAUACUUGGGUAGUUUAUUUAGAAUUGUCGUUGUGUUUGUCAUGCAGAACUGCACUGAUACGUAGACAAAUCAUGUUGGACGACAAUGCAUGACAGAUAACAGAAAAACAAGCCUUUGUACUCUCAACAUAGGCACUCUCACAGCACCCGCUCCAGUGCAGCCGGUUGUUCCACAAGGCGAGGGCGCGUCAAGCUUGGAUAUCGUGAGGAAAAACUAUCUCAGUCUCAACCUGUAAUGCGGAACUUCCUUGCGACAGUUCCUUGUCAUGCUCGACAUGCAAGAAAUACUAGAAAAGGGUACUACUUGUUCCUACGUGUUUAUUUCUCUUGCAUAUCGCGCAUGAUCUUCCAGGUUUUCCUUGUCAUGCUGAGCAAAUUUGUAUUGGUGAGUCUACUGCAAUAAAGUGUUUGAGACAACUGAGAGAGUUCUUUCGUACGAUACUGGAGGAGAUGGAUUUACUAUGCUUGAACGGUAUCAAAUGUAAAAAUGUCUGGGUCUGGAAACUUGUGAUGCUGGGUGGCGUCUCACGAUGAGGCCACAAGUGCUGGCUCAGCAUGACAAGUUUCUGAGCUUCUAGCUGUUGCCUAUUUUGCAUGACAAAGUGCGUUUCUGCAUCACAGAAAAAUGGAGCUCUUGGGUAGCGGGCAUGACAGAUUUAAGAGUCAUGCCAGACAAGCAUGACAAACAUGCAUUCUUCCAGACCCAGACAUUUUUACAGUUGAUAAACGGAACCUACGCACAAUCGUGGUUCAACGUGCAGCAAAAGAUGAGGUAAAACUGCACGGAUUAUAGAAGAUUUCUACUUGAAUUCUUGUCUGAUGAAACUGAAAGCAAAUGAAGCAGAGCAAGUGUGCUGCAAGUGAUAUUUUUGAAGGUUUCUCGUCAUGAAUGAGAAACACAAAAGGUAUAUCCUGGGUCCCGACGCAGCGUUCAACGGACUGGACAAGGGCAACACACUGGAGCCGGCACUCUAUUCUGUCCUGGAGGACAUGCAGUCUGCAGGGAACCAAGACGCCUGUGGGGUCGGAAAACUGAUGGUAGGAUUUUGUUGUAGUACCUGCAGUUUGUUCAAUCAUCUGGACGGUACUAGCAGUUCUGUACGGUGCUGCUCGUUGUUUUUUUUCGUGGUCGUGCAAGAGGAGUACAACAAGUGUUUUCUUGCUCGGGUAAAAAAGUGUAAACACUCGUGACAAAAAGUAUCCAAUAUCGAAACACGCAGGUGCAACUCUUGUCCAUCACAACGGUGGAUAACGACGGCGCAGUAGUUAAGACGCAAAUCGAGAACAACGAACAGCUGACUUCCCCAUUGCUGACCUUGCUGCUCGACAUCCCUUGGAAUGGUACUUUCUUGUUAUCGCUUUCGAACGUGACUCCCUGUCAUGCUAGAUCAGCAUCAUGGACUUCUAGAGCAUGAGACAAGAGGAUGAUCGCAAGGAUUUUUCUUUAUUUGUUACCAAAAACUGCGCAACACAGCCUACCAGCCGAUGUGGCCGAUGUUUGGGUUUCUCGCACAAUUAGCCAUGCGCAGGGUGCUUGCUGGCGUAAACAACGAAGCAGUGGACGGCUUGGUGCAACCGGAGCUCCAGCAGUUCGCGAGCGCACUGAACAUGGGUAUAGAUGAUGAAAAACAAAGAUUUUGUGACAUGCAGAUGAAGCAUGCUGCAUCGUGUUUGUCAUGCGCAAGGGCAAGAACAUGUCGUUGUGCACAAAUAUAAUUACUUGAAUGCUCUCCAACUCCAGGUAUUAUCAACGGCGAUCUCGAAGCUCUGAAGGCGUUGUCGCAAGCCUUCAUUUAUCCUCUGCAAAAGAAAUACCUGUUUCCUCUCCGUCUAAGUACAGGAGCAGCUAAGGACACCGCCACUUUGAAGAAGACAAUAGAACUUACAUUUUUUCAUACCCGGUUUGUUGAUAGUACGUGUUCAUGCUCUAGUACUCAUGCGCGAUUGGUACUACCUAUUGGAACAAAACUUUUGCAACAUGCAUACUACCGACGCUGGCGAGGACGCGAUUGCGCAAUCGCCGAUGGGCUUUCUCACUGCUGUGUUCACCCAGGCAGCGGUCGCCAACACGACGGAGGAGGCGCAGAUUAUGGAAGUGCCAGGAUCGAAAUUGACAAAAUCAAAAAAUUUGUGAUGCAUGAAAUGUACGACGCGAAAUACGUGCGUUGCAGAGCAGGCAAGUGAGGCCGUUUGUAAGCCUGUUCGGGGUAAUAGCUCGAGCUGCUAAAGCAGCAUGAGAGAAUCAGUCUUCUCUGCCUAAACAGCAUUACAAACUGGAUUUAGGCACCACCAGAAUUUGUGAUGCGCCACUUAGAAACUGGGCUCGAACUGGAAUCCAUUUUAUGCAUGACAAAUCAUUUAGAUUUUGUCAAUUUCGAUUCUGACACUUUCAUACAGAUGAUGUUCUUCGAGAGCCAGAAGGUGCUGAAAAAGAUGAUCUUUACCCCAGCGGAUCUGGAUAUGGAAGCGUCAGGUUUGAAAUCGUCAAAGUUGAAAUAAUUUGCAAUGCAGAAAAUGCAUGACGCGAGGCACGUGUAUUGCAGAGCAGGCAAGUGAGGCCGAUUGUAAGCCUGUUUGGGGUUAGAGCUCGAGCUGCUAAAGUAGCAUGAGAAAAUCAGCCCUCUUUGCCUGAACAGCAUGACAAACUGGGCUUAAGGACCGCCAAAAUUUGUCAUGCGCCACUUGGAAACUGGCUUCCGAGAGGCAUCCAUUUUAUGCAUGACAAAUUAUUUCAACUUUGUCGAUUUCAAUCCUGACACACACAUAUUGGAUACCACCAUGUCCACCAGGUGGCCCUUGUGGGGCAUGGCCUACCUGGCCUCCCUGAAGACGGUGUCGUAAUGAAAUGGGCGGUAAAAAGCAGCCGUUGGCUCGUGCCACUGAGUAGUACCAAAUGCACACAUAUUUUUUUUGAAAAUGUAACAACAAAAUAUUUUUACGAUGAAAAAGAAAAACAACGCAACAGAAACACAACACUUUAAUAUCUCGACGGAAUUCAUUUUAUGCUCUUAACGCAGCAGCACAAGUUUUUCCUUAAGACAGCAAGAGGAUCAGGAGCAAAAAUCGCUCCGAAGUGGUCUUCUUUUACAACCACAGUUCUUUUUCGAUAGUACCCAUUUUCAUCGAGCGCAGAAGUGGCCCGAAUGACUUCUACUGAACCCGCCCCGCGGGCACCGGCAAACCAAUAAAAUAGUAAGGUGAAAAUGUAGAGUGUCAAAGGCAAAAGCAAACAGCACAAGGGGAGUUUUUUACUAAUUACACGACUCUUCUUCGUCUUCGCGAACAAGAAAAACAGACCAUGAAACGUUUUCAGUGUAGCAAAAGAUUCAGGUAAUAUUCGUGGAACUGCACGAUGCUUCAUCUGUAGUAGAGGAUCAGAAAACUGCUCUACCGACAACUCAAGAAUUCUGUGGUUUUAUUUCCACGAUAUGAUUUCUUCAUUUACAUUUUCGUUUCGAGUUGAUGUGUCAUUUAUACCUGUACUUUUCGACGUUUUUCCACCCACUACUUCAAACAAGCUUUGCGCACUUCGAAGGCUUUUGUCGCCGUUCCGAUUUUUCAUCUUUUCGCCUAGACAUUUCCUCUGCAAGUAUUUUUCAGGAGCCUUUUAUGAAUACUAGCGCAAUAGCCAGGCAGUCUUUCGAACUCUCUUUCCUAUCAGUUCUUUCUUGUCAAGAUGAUCUAAGUUAGUACGCAAGGUGGAACUAAGUACAUUCCUCCAGGUCAACAAAUAAAUGAUUUUCUUCAAAAAUCACAGAGGACGAGAACGGCUGUGCCCACGA